AUGCUGAUCAAGGUCCGCACACUAACUGGCAAGGAGAUCGAGCUGGACAUCGAAGCCGACUACAAGGUCUCCCGGAUAAAGGAGCGUGUCGAGGAGAAGGAGGGCAUCCCUCCAGUGCAGCAGCGUCUUAUCUUCGGUGGCAAGCAAAUGGCGGACGACAAGACGGCCGCCGAAUACAACCUUGAGGGUGGUGCCACGCUCCACCUUGUGCUCGCUUUGCGUGGUGGAUGCGAUGCCAUGUAA